AUGACCCUAUUCAACAAGCAGGGCCGCACCUUGGAUCGCCGCUUCUUCGGAGGCCUUGAGCUACCGCCGGCCGCACUUCAGACACUUGGGCCAGCGAGCAUCCUGUUGUUUGUCCCCAUCUAUGACCGUUUGUUGGUGCCGGCACUAGGGCACGUGACAGGCAAGCCAUCGGGGCUGACGCUGUUGCAGCGCAUGGGCACGGGCAUGGCGGUGUCAAUGGGCGCAAUCAUCACAGCGGCACUUGUGGAGGGCCAUCGACUAAAGACGGCACGGGAGCACGGGCUGGUGGAUGACUCCGGGGCGACGGUGCCGCAGUAUGGCUGGGUGUGGCUAGUGCCGCAGUAUGUGAUGAUGGGGGUGGCAGACGUGUUGGCGGUGGUGGGAAUGCAGGAGUUCUUCUACGACCAGAUGCCCAGCGAGCUGCGCAGCCUCGGCCUGGCGCUCUACUUCAGCGUGAUGGGCAUCGGCGGCUUCAUCAGCAGCGCCCUCAUAUCCUUCAUCGACCAUGUUACUAGAAGUGGUGGUGGUGAUGGUUGGUUUGCUGACAACCUCAACCGCGCCCACCUCGACUACUUCUACUGGCUGCUCGCCGGACUCUCGGCAGAUGAGCUCGUACUCUUCCUUUGGCUCGCCAGCUCCUACGCCUAUAACAAGAGCCACAAGAGGAUUCAGCACUGA